AUGAGUAUCCGUGAUGACCAUGAAGAUGUCAACCGCAUACAGCUAGCGACCUGCAAAAAUGACGGAUAUCCGACAGAUUUUGAAAAUGUCGGUCCGACAAGUGCCGAAUUCCGGUCUGUCGACAAAGAAGACUUUAGCGAAAACCCUCUGGUGGUCAGCUCGAGUACGCUGGAAACACAAGGUGAAUCGCCUAAGUGCAUGUAUCAUUUACUGUCGCCGACUGUACCGGCCAAGACACCUGUAGACCCGAGAUUUUCUUCGGACAAACCACCACGGGUGCGAAUGAUAUUGCCUGAGCUCAAUAGAGGUAAUAAAUAA